AUGAUUUUAUUAAAAUAUUCAUCUUUUACUAAUGUAUUAUUUUAUUUUAUCAUAAUUUUUUUACAAUUUUUUUGUCUUACUUAUGGUAAAAAAAGUUAUGACGUUUUUGAUAAAGUAUCAAAAGAAACUGGGUUUAGUGCUGUAUUUUUAAAUACUAUUGAAACAGGAAAAUUAAUUAAGCAAUGCGGAUGUGAUGAACAAGAAAAAUGUUUAAAUAUCAUUAAAACUCAAGUUUAUUCAUGUUCUGAUGGUUGUUGGAAGGUAUUUAAUAAGAUCACUAAAACACCUGAAGAUCUUAAAAAAUGUUUUGAUAAAAAGAAAGAUAGAAUUACAUCAUUCAUGGAAUGUUUUAAUAGAAAAUCAGAAUCAUGUAAUCCAUUAAAUGAUAAUAAAAUGAUACCCAAACAUAAUAUAACAAUGAUGCUUGAUAUAGCUGAAAAACAAAUAUUAUCUAAAAAAAAUGAUAUUAUAAAAAGUCCUGCUGUUAAACCAAUUCGUCAUUUUUUUAAUACAACUCUCGAUUUUGCUCAAUGUCUUAAAAAUUGUAUGUUAAAAGAAAAUUCAAAUGGUUUUUGUUUUGACAAAAUAAAUUGUCAACCAUAUUUAACUGAAAAAAGAACAAUUGUUACAAUAAAAAAAUGUUUGAAAGAAUUCAAUUGGAAAAAUGAAUUAGCGGAAACUUGUGAUUGCUGUAUCAAAGCAGGUAUUAGUGAGCUUAAUAAAAUCUGCCCUAUGCUUAAACUCAUGGCUGGUGGAUCAAAGAAAGUACAUUUACAAAUUAAACCACCUUCAACUACAGUAUCUAAACAAAAUUAA